CGAGACAUUCUUAGCUGCGUCUCUAUAAACGAAUCGACCGGUGGUGAAACCAUAUCGCAAAGCAUUCAUGAGGUGCGCAACUUCUCUGGAGGCGAGAUCUUGAUCGUGAAGAACAAGAUCAAGAGCGAUAUCUUCGAUACGAAACCGAAAGAAGGCGAAAUUGGACUGGAAAUCUCUGGUGGCAAGCCUGGCGACAGGAAGGUCACUUUGGGAGAACUCCCAUUGCCGACCACAAUCUCACCGGAGUCAACAACCGUCGAACCUAUUAUUACUGUCACAUUGCCGGGUGUGAUCUCGACCCUUGGUGGAGCGUCCACUUUCACCACUUCAAUUCCCAUCACGGAAAUACCAGUUCUUGGUUCGAGUACUCCGACAUCGGCACAACCGAAGAAUGGAAGCAGCGUGGAGGUGGAAACCGACGGUAGUGGUGCCGAUGUGAUUGAGGAUGGAAUACGGAGGAAGGGCACAUCUGCUAUACCCACGACGACCGAAGAAAUUGGAUCUGGAGAGGAACCGAACGUUUCUAGUGGAACGACAACCGUUGUUAGUAAGCAGAAUAGGGAGCCAGGGAAGAGUGCUGAGACAGUAUCAACCACUGGAAAAACUGAAGGGACAGAACAUGAAGAUGAGGACCUUAUUGCAACAACAUCUACAAGUACUGAAGCUGUCACCAGUAUUGCUGGUGACAAGAGAAGAACAGAAGAACGAGAGGAAAAACUUGGAAAAGGUGCGACCACUACCGGAACAAGUUCUGCGUCAGAAUCAGGUACAACCUCCUCCUCGACUCCCAAGGAAACCACUACUCCUGUCUCGGGCGUUACAGAUUCUGGAGCAAGUCCUGCUUCUGCUUCUGGAACUAAGACUGUAGAGUUGACGCCUGGACCUGAUUCUGAAGCAAAACCCAAACCCGCUGCUGGG